AUGUUGGAAUUCCCGAGGCACCGGGGAGCCCCGCACAGCCGGACCCGCCGCUCCCUCCCCGUGCCCCGCGAUCUCUCACCGUGUCCGUCCCGCAGCACCCGGGGCCGCUAYGGGGAGGGAGCGAAGCAGGAGAAGUUCAAGUACGCGCUGACCCUCGUGUUCAUCCAGUGCGUGAUCAACGCCGCCUUCGCCAAGCUCCUGAUCCGGUUCAUGGACGCGGCGCGGCCGGACCGCACACGGGGGUGGCUCUACGGGGCGUGCUCGCUGUCCUACCUGGGCGCCAUGGUGUCCAGCAACUCCGCCCUGCAGUUCGUCAGCUACCCCACACAGGUCCUGGGCAAGUCCUGUAAGCCCAUUCCAGUGAUGCUGCUGGGGGUGACCCUGCUGCGCAAGAGGUACCCCCCAGCCAAGUACCUGUGCGUGCUGCUCAUCGUGGCCGGGGUGGCCCUGUUCCUCUACAAACCCAAAAAGGGCGUGGGGGAAGUCGAGCACAUCUUUGGCUACGGGGAGCUGCUCCUGGUGAGUGCAGAGACCCCAAAAGGGACCCCAAAGAGACCCCAAAACCACAUGAGGGCUCAUUACCAGACCGGCUCCAACCACAUGAUGCUCAACGUCAACCUCUGGUCCACCCUGUUCCUGGGGGCAGGGAUCCUGUUCACGGGGGAGCUCUGGGAGUUCCUGAGCUUCGCCGAGCGUUAUCCCAGCAUCAUCUCCAACAUCCUCCUCUUCGGCCUCACCAGCGCCCUGGGCCAGAGUUUCAUCUUCAUGACCGUGGUGUCCUUCGGGCCCCUGACGUGCUCCAUCAUCACCACCACCCGCAAGUUCUUCACCAUCCUGGCCUCGGUGGUGCUCUUCGCCAACCCCAUCAGCCCCAUGCAGUGGGUGGGCACCGUGCUGGUGUUCCUGGGCCUUGGACUCGAUGCCAAAUUCGGGAAGGGAGCCAAGAAGACAUCUCAUUGAGGUUGAGAAGGGUCGAUCCCCAGAGCUGGAAUGAACUUUAAUUUAUUGUCUCGUACCUCAGAAUCUGGUGUGGAACUGGACUCAGGACCGGGAAUCAGCAGGAGGAAUUUCUUUUCGGGGUUGGAUUUGGGGUUUUUUUUUAAUUGGGAAUCGUCUCUAAAAAUGUUGAGUUUGAGGUGUAAUUGCGCUUUUUCCGUGUAAUCAGAGCUGCCCYCCUGGAGCCGAGCAGCAGCCUUAACAGGAAAACACAAAUCCUUCCUAUCUUUAUUAAAGAAAACCCAAUUA